AUGACUGCCUUAAGGCAGCUGGGCGGUAACUCUGAUGGAAUCUCAAGUGUCAGUGUUAGCAGGGCUAUGUUUGAGACCAUUGCACGCAACCUUUUGUUAGAUAGGACGGACCAUACACUGGAGCUCUAUGAGGGAAGUGGGUCAAGUUGGAGGUUAACAAAAUCUGGAACACCUGGAAACAUAGGCAGUUUUGAAGAUAUUCUGUUUGCAAACAAUGACAUGCAAUAUUCCCCGGUUACUGUUGCAUUGUUUCCUGUCUUCCGUGAAGGUCAGCUAUAUGUAGCGCUUAGUUUUGUGGAUAUGACGAACCGGAAGCUUGGGUUGGCUGAGUUCCCUGAAGAUAGUCGAUUUACAAAUGUGGAAUCAGCCCUUGUUGCAUUAGGUUGCAAGGAGUGUCUUCUUCCAGCAGAUUUUGAGAAAUCAAUAGAUUUGCAGCCUCUUCAGGAUGCUAUUAGCAAUUGCAGCAUUCUACUGACUGAAAGAAAGAAGGCUGAAUUUAAAUCUAGAGAUCUUGUGCAGGAUCUUGGUAGAAUAAUCAGGGGUUCUGUCGAGCCAGUUCGUGAUCUCCUAUCUCAGUUUGACUAUGCUUUGGGUACCCUUGGAGCUCUAGUAUCAUAUGCUGAGUUGCUAGCAGAUGACACUAAUUAUGGAAAUUACACGAUUGAGAAAUUCAAUUUGGACCGCUACAUGCGACUUGAUUCUGCCGUGGUGCGAGCAUUGAAUAUUGUUGAAGGAAAAACUGAUGUAAACAAGAAUUUUAGUUUGUUUGGUUUGAUGAACAGAACCUGCACUGCUGGGAUGGGAAAGCGACUGCUUAACAAAUGGCUGAAACAACCUUUGAUAGAUGUAAACGAAAUCAAUAACAGAUUAGAUAUGGUUCAGGCUUUCGCAGAAGAUCCGGAGCUUCGUCAGGGUCUUAGGCAACAACUUAAAAGGAUAUCUGAUAUUGAUCGCCUAACACAUGCUCUCCGUAAGAAAUCAGCCAACCUGCAGCCUGUUGUUAAGCUCUACCAGUCCUGCUCUAGAAUCCCAUACAUCAAGGGUGUUCUUCAGCAAUACAAUGGCCAAUUUUCUACAUCUGUAAUGACAAGGUUCCUUAGCUCUUUAGAAGAGUGGCUGACAGAGAAUCGAUAUGGUAGGUUUGCUAAUCUUGUUGAGACAGCCAUUGACCUCGGUCAAGUAGACAAUGGCGAGUACAGGAUAUCUCCCCUAUAUUCUUCUGAUUUGGCUGUGCUGAAGGAUGAGCUUUCUGAAGUCGAAAAUCACAUAAACAAUUUGCACAUGCAUACAGCCACUGAUCUGGAUCUUUCUGUUGAUAAGCAAUUGAAGCUAGAAAAAGGCCCAUUUGGACAUGUGUUCAGAAUCUCAAAGAAAGAUGAACAGAAAGUCAGGAAAAAGCUCACGACCAAUUACAUUAUCAUAGAAACUCGUAAAGAUGGUGUGAAGUUUACAAGCGCCAAGCUUAAAAAGCUAGGUGACCAAUACCAGUCACUGCUUGGUGAUUACACAAGUUGCCAGAAAAAGAUUGUUGAUAAUGUAGUGCAAGUUUCAUGCACCUUCUCAGAGGUAUUUGAGAAUUUUGCUGCAAUUAUAUCCGAGUUGGAUGUUUUACAGAGUUUUGCUGAUUUGGCAAUAAGUUGCCCAGUUCCUUAUGUAAGACCAGACAUCACAACAUCGGAGGAAGGAGAUAUUAUUCUACAAGGUAGUCGGCAUCCUUGUGUGGAGGCCCAAGAUGGUGUUAACUUCAUACCAAAUGAUUGCACUUUGGCGAGGGGAAAAAGUUGGUUUCAAAUCAUCACUGGGCCAAACAUGGGUGGAAAAUCCACUUUUAUACGUCAGGUUGGCGUAAAUGUCUUGAUGGCACAAGUUGGUUCCUUUGUUCCUUGUGAUCAGGCAAGCAUUAGUGUGAGAGAUUGUAUUUUUGCUCGUGUUGGUGCUGGUGAUUGCCAACACCACAGGCCGUUCCCUGCUCAGUCUACCUAUCGUGCAAGUGAUGCACUCGAGCUGCUCCAUGGUGAUCUAUGUGGCCCUAUCACCCCAGCAACUCACGCAGGAAAGAAGUACUUCCUUGUGGUAGAUGACUACUCGAGAUACAUGUGGGUCGUUCUGCUACAAUCUAAAGAUGAGGCGUUUGAAGUGUUCGAGAAGCUGAAGGCUGCAACGGAGAUGGAACACAAGCUGAAGGUUCACGCCCUACGGACAGAUUGCGGCAGGGAGUUUAUGUCAAAUGAGUUCAACGACUACUGCGAGAAGAUUGGCAUGAAAAGGUUCCUCACGACACCUUCUACGCCGCAACAGAAUGGGGUUGUUGAAAGGCAUCGAAUCGUCGUUGACAUGGUGAGGAGUUUACUCAAGAGCAAGAACUUGCCGGCUACUUUUUGGGGAGACGCUGUCUCGACGGCGGUCUAUCUUCUCAACUGGGCUCCAACGAAGGCGGUGAUCGGCAAGACUCCGUAUGAAGCAAUUUACGGACGGAAGCCGAAUGUGUCUCAUCUAUGGACAUUCGGCUGCGUGGCGCAUGCGAAGACGGCGGAGCCGCAUCUCUCAAAGCUUGCCGAUCGUAGCACCAAGAUGGUGUUUUUCUGUACGAGAGGAGUUCCGGCACCAAGGUAUACCGCUUCUACGAACCAUGAACCAAGCGUCUAUAGAUUUCACCCAACGUUGUGUUUGAAGAAAACCAAGCGUCGAAUUGGAGCGCAGCAGCCGACGAUGCUCCAAGGGAGGACGUCCAGGUGGUUGGCAAGACGCCCAACCAAGGUGACCACGACAGAAGUGAUCACCGUGGUGCCGACCCGAGACCCGUCGCUACCCCAACCAAUGAGACAAGUGGAAAGGCCUCGCCUUUCACACCCUUGGGCGGCUCCUAGCGCCGAGACCCAAAAGCUCCGUGGUGUUUCAACCUUUAUGCAAGAGAUGCUUGAAACAGCAUCCAUUUUGAAAGGUGCAUCUGAGAAAUCUCUCAUAAUUAUCGAUGAGUUGGGACGAGGAACUUCCACAUAUGAUGGAUUUGGUCUUGCAUGGGCUAUCUGUGAGCAUCUUGUGGAAGUGACUAGGGCGCCUACAUUGUUUGCAACUCAUUUUCAUGAAUUAACUGCAUUAGCAAAUAAAAAUGGUGAUCAGCACCAACAUGUUCCAGAUUUGGGAAUUGCAAAUUAUCAUGUGGGUGCACAUAUAGACCCAUCAAGUCGGAAGUUGACUAUGCUUUAUAAGGUCUUCAUCAUGAUAAUGUCCCUAUUUUCCAGCGGUAGUUGUGUCCAAAAGGUUGAACCUGGUUCCUGCGACCAAAGUUUUGGUAUCCAUGUUGCGGAAUUUGCUAAUUUUCCAGAAGCUGUCAUUGCUCUUGCAAAAAGCAAAGCUGAAGAGUUAGAAGACUUUACCAGUGCACCUAACUUGAGUGGUGAACCCAGUGACGAGGUUGGAUCGAAACGCAAGAGGGUGUUUAGCCCAGAUGAUGUGACGAGGGGAGCUGCUCGGGCUCGCCUUUUGUUGGAGGAUUUUUCUGCAUUGCCUCUAGAUGAGGUGGAUGGGAGCAAGGCUACGGAGAUGGUGGCCAAACUGAAAUCAGACUUCGAGAAAGAUGCAGCCAGUAAUCCCUGGCUGCAGCAGUUCCUCUGA